AUGCCAGCUUACCGGGGAGAAGGUUGUCCUACGAUGCAAAUGACCGAGAGGGGAGAACGUAUCACACGCAACUCGACUGAAUGCAAAGUUACAACGCACAUCACAGAGACAGCAGACCGUGUAAUCGAUACAUCGCUCAAUCGGCGACAGGCUCUCUUUGAGACUACUAGGCGAGUUCUGGCAAGUGCAGUGAACGAGGGCCUGGCCAGCGCAACUAUAGUGAGGUCUAUACAUCCAAACUUGGUGUUGUGUCUACGUGACCCAGCUGGAAUUGUAGAGUCUUGGAUCAAAUGUGGUCUCCGAAAUUCCGCCUAUGUUGAGAACAACGAUAAGAAAGUCACUGGAUUUCUACGUGCGGACGAUCUACUUCCUCCAGUGCUCACUCAAGCAGUCGAAGGGGAAGUAUCAGAAGAUUUAGACCCAGGUGCCAUUUGCCGCAUUAUCUGCCUCUGGCAACCUGAAAAUUUUCCGAGUGCCGCCGUAGACACACUUGUGAAGGAAGUCCGAAAUUCUGCCGACAAUCAAGCAAAAUGGCUGGAGAUAGCCAGUACUCAGCCGACGCUACAUCUGAAGUCCCCUUUGUGUGAUUGGGAGCAGUCCGUUGUGCUUGGCCAUCCAACGCAUCCGGUGAGCUGUCCCACUACCUUUCUCGAUCCUAAUUGCCUUAGUGUUAACGCUGUGAAGCUACACCGGGCAUGUCUUGCCCAGCCGCCUUUGAAGCCCAUGGCACCUGACGAGAUCCCUGAUCUGCUGGAACCUGAGCUAUCGUUUCUGUCUUUGCCACGAUCAGAAAUGAAAACCUUCGGACCAUACACGAGUUUACUUAAACCUCUUUUGGAGGAAUUAGGGAUUCCUAGCCCUGAGUCACCAGACAGAGUAGUAGUACCGUGUUUCACUCGUCAGCUUCCGAGCAUUCUGCCGCUCUUUCCUGAUGCACGCCACAUUGGUGCUGUUAGAAGAUGCUGUCGUGCGCAGAUUUCAAUGCGUACUAUAUCAUUCCUCCCUGAUGUGGGGUCUCCUUUGCAUCUUAAGCUCUCACUGAAUUGCCAGAUCACAUCAGGCCCGAGGACUAUUACACCGUGGACUGCUGCUUUAAGUCCAGCACUCAGUACAGCGCUGAGAGUCUUACUGCCACAAGACUUAUGGAUCUUUGAAGAUGCCGCUUCUAUCACAGGCGGCCAGGAUGAUUUUGACAAAGCACGCCAUUUAACAUGCAUUAUACGCAAAAGCCCGGAAAUACAAGCGGAAGAGCUUGGAGAGACUAUUAUCCCAGUGGCUGGAUUAUUUCAGAAGCCAUAUAAGGAUAAUCGAACAUACAUGGAGAUCAUGUUCGGUCUCGAAGAUCUCCAGAAAAAGCAAACAUGGCUUAGAAAGUACUGUACCCACCCGCCUCAAGCCAGGUUUAGCUCGCUUCUUUAUCUAACAGAAGUCCUUUAUAAUAGAUAUCUUGCAAAGUUAUUCUCCUUGCUUCUGCCGCCCUUAGUCCGUCACGGAAUUGGCCUCGAGGCUCAUGCUCAGAACAUUUGCGUCCGCAUUAAUACUACCUCAAAAGAGGUUACUGGAUUUGCUGUGCGAGACUUUGGUGGAGCAAGAAUUCACCGACCUACAUUCUUCCGGACUCGCAUUGAACUCGGUACAAUUCCUCCUGGCGCUAGCGCUUUUGUGGAUGAUAUGCAAAAGGUGUGGCACAAGGUAUACCAUGCUCUAAUCCAGAUGCAUGUUGGCCAUCUUUUAUAUAUGCUAGGCUUGGAAUCCCAUGGAGGGUGGCCCAUUGUUCGAGAGGAGCUCGGAAGAGUCCUGGUCUCUUUGGGCAAUCCAGAUGCCAAGGCAGUGCAUGACCAUUUUAUGAAUAAGACCAUGGCUUUCAAGUGUUUCAUGGAAAUGCGACUCAGAAAUAUCUAUCGUGAUUACUAUGAAAGAGAGCUGCCGAAUGUUCUCCUUCGGGAUGUGCAGUCAGAAGAUGACCCUACUAGCAAAGCAGAAGUUUGA